AUGUUUUCCAGGCAAAGGGAUUACGACAGUUCUUUGAAAAAUAAGAAGAAUGCUUCUUAUGUUGUGAUUCCUGUGAAUGCCGAAAAGAAUGAUUCGGAGGGACGGAAAGUGAGGCUCUCCAUAGCCGAAAAAUCUACCGAAACGGAGAAGCGUGAAUCCAUCAUGACUCCGUACCCACGUAUAUCGGAUGAACUAUGCGAAACAAUUCGUCGUCAUAGUUCUCUCGCGCGUGAAUCCGAUUCGCGGCGCCCGAGUGUUUCUAGAGAAUAUCUUUGAAUCAUUAUUGAUUUUGUUCCUUCACUAACACUUCAUCAACACUGCGGACACUGUCUUUGAAACAUCCAGGUAGUAUUUCUCCAGAAGAAGAAGAAAUGGUGUCUUCUGUAUUUUACGACUCUGCAGAGGAAUAUGAGGAAGAAGAGCAAGAAGAAAUGGACGAUUUUGUCGACCCCUAUGUACUAAUGAAGGCUGUUCCCCCGUAUUCCUCCAUCCCUCCUCAAUAUCUAAAGCUCAACUUGCUUCCACCAAAGAUAUCUCGCCAUACCCAUACACUCGUUUUAGAUUUAGAUGAAACUUUGGUCCAUUGCUAUCUGGAGAAGCCUGCUCAGUUUGAUAUUACGUUUGAAAUCGACGACGGCAUAAAAUACGACGUGUAUCUGUGCUUUCGUCCCUACGUGUUUUACUUUCUGGAGACUAUGAGUCAGUAUUACGAACUGAUCGUGUUUACCGCGGGAAUUCGCGUCUAUGGAGAGUUGAUUUGUGACUUGUUCAACAGCGAGACAAAACUAAUUCAGUAC